UGAAAGCCUGAGCAGGAUCAGAUGCAGUGCAGGAUUUCUGUCCCAGAAAUUCACCUAAAUUCAUACAAGGAUCAACUUUAUCUAUUUUGGACUUAGCUCAAGGAUAGAUAGACCCAUUCAAUCAUUUUUUUUAAAUUCUGGACUCUACUGGUAACUCACUGGACUGUUUUUUGGACUCUACUGGACUAAAUUGGACAUUCUGGGGUUAAUUCUAUCGGACUUUCAGUUCAAUCUAUUUUGUAGUAAGCUCUUAUAAAAUCUGAGGCAGCAGGAUUGGCAGUUUGAAUGGAUUUAUUUUACACUGCAGUUCCUUAAUUUUUGAAGAAUCUGCCCAUCCCAGAUAAAAUAAGGCAAAGAAAAAUAGCUUCAAAUAGCUCCUUUAGACCAAAUUAUGUAUUUAUUUCUUUUAAAAAAAAGUUAAGUCUGGAGUGGAAAGCGGUAAUUUGUAAAACUAACAAUAGAAGCUCAGUUUGGCUCAGGUGAGUUUCAAUAACAGGGCAGAAAAGAAACCAGCUGCAUUACUGGAGUAUUUAUUUUGACAGUAAGGUUGGCUGUCUCAUUUAGAUGUUGGUGUAGUUUAAACUUCAUGUCUUGGAGGAUGCAAACAAUCAUCAGAAGCAGCAGCAGUUGCAGCAGGAUGAGUCUUCUGUGCGUGCUGUGGCUGCUGACGGUCUGUCUGGCUCCUGGAAGCCGAGCUCAGAGGCUGAGGGAAGCAGAGAGGGAGAAGCCAGCAGAGAAAGUUAUGGAGAGCGAUGGAGUCUGUUACCAAGAAGGAUGUUACGCUGUCUUCCUCCAGAAGAAGACGUUCAGGGAGGCUGGGCGCAGCUGCCGGGAGCGCGGAGGGACCUUGGCGACGAUUUAUAACCAAGAAGCUGCGGCUGUCGUCCACGAGCUGCUGUCAGCCAUCGAGACACAGGGAUCUGAGUCAAAGCUUUACCUCUGGAUUGGGUUGCACAGACCUCCACGUCAGUGUUCAUCCACCCGACCGCUCAGAGGAUUCGUCUGGGUCACAGGAGACCAGAAUGUCCAGUUCACCGACUGGCUCAAAGAAUACUCCCCAUCAACUUGUGGAGUCUAUCGCUGCGUUUCCAUGAUUGUUCACACAUCUGAGAGCGGGCGUGAGAGCGAAGAAAACUUCCAGUGGCUUGACGGCUCCUGCUCGGUUCCACUGAAUGGCUAUGUUUGCCAGUACAACUACAAAGGCAUGUGCCCACCUCUUGAAGAUGAGGGUAGAGGUCCACCUGUUUACACCACCCCAUUUUACCUUGUCAGCAGUCUGCUGACUCAUGUGCCAUUUGGGUCUGUGGCCACCGUGCAAUGCCCUGCAGACGGGGCAAAUCCAGAUCCUACUGAGAUGACCGCUCUGUGCAUCCAUAGAGACGACGAAACAGUGGGCUGGUCCACCGAUUCUCCACUUUGUCCACCCAUUGAGGAACCACAGAGCCAAGACUGGUGUAGCAAGAACCAUGGAUGUGAGCAGCACUGCCAGAACACAGACACAGAUUACUACUGUUACUGCUCUGAGGGCUUCACAGUAGAUAAGGAUGGAUACAGCUGCAAGCCUGACACGCUGAGCCAAACCAACCCACCUGAGCUAUCUGACUCUGCAGGUCCCACCGACUUGCCUCACAUCAACCCGGCCUGUGUGGAGAUGGGGUGUGAGUAUAACUGCAUGGAGACCCAACGGGGUCUUCGGUGCACAUGCCCCCCAGGCUAUCAAAUGGCUCCAGAUGGCCGCAGGUGUUCCGAUGUAGAUGAAUGUCAGCAAGGACCGUGUCCCCAGCUCUGUGUCAACAUCCCAGGUACCUUCCACUGCACCUGCCUUUCAGGGUAUCAGCCAGACGACGAGGGCGAGUGUGUGGAUGUGGAUGAAUGCCUCGAUGAUGGCAGCUGUGAGGGUGUGUGUGAAAACACAGUGGGGUCCUUCAGGUGCGUGUGUGGUGCUGGCUAUGAGGUGGGCAGCGAAGGAGAGUGUGUAGAUAUAGAUGAGUGUGCAAGGGGGUCGUCCUGCCAACAGCACUGUCUCAACCUCAUCGGAGAUUACGAGUGUUUCUGCGACAAUGGCUACGACCUGGAGUUAGACAGACACACCUGCCAGCCUUCGCUUGAAGACGAAGAGUAUUCUACUCUGACCCCCGACCCAGGUAACUCUGUUCAUGUAGCCAUCUUUGACCAUGAUAUUCCCUGGUCCUCUUCAUUCACUCCUGACCCAAACUUUGAAGUUGACACCAACUUUGAUGCUGACUGGGUGACAGAGGCCCCUGAAGGAUUUCCCCCCGAUGGGUCUCACAGGUCAGGAAAUCACCUAAACCAGUGGGACACCCUGUCACCCAAGGGAUAUCAGACAUCCCCGUCCCCGACGCAAAAAGGCAACAUAGACAAUGAAAUUAAUAAUGGCGUGGAUGCUGAUGCAGGAAGUAGAGACUCUGGCCCAGGUGUGGCAGAGGACACUGCAAAUGGUUCAAAUUCAGAGGAAGCUAACAUGGAUGGUGCAGAAGAAGCUAGCGUCAAAGCUACGGUAGAAGCAGAGUCUGCUGAAGGUCAACGGAAGCACGACAAGAGCUGGCUGCUCGUGGCCCUCCUGGUGCCCCUGUGUGUGUUCCUGGUAGUAAUGCUAGCUCUGGGGAUUGUUUACUGCACCAGCUGUGCUGUGGACAAGAGCCUUCGCUUUUCAGACUGCUAUCGCUGGAUACUCCCCACAACGCCUCCUGAGAGGAGGGAAGUGAAAACCCAAGCAUGAAACCAAAAAUAAUCAAACAUGCACGGAUGUCCUUAAAAUGCAAAUGUCUGUUAAGAUUUGUCUAAAACUGCUAUCCACUCAUCAAGAAAACUUUUCAUUUUUGUCCUCUUGCACAGCUUUUGUAAAUAAUGUAGUCU